AUGGGGGAGGUAGGAGUGGGAGGAUAUAUACUUGGAGGUGGGAUGAGCUUAAGUUCCCAGUACGGGUGGGCAGCGGCCAAUGUUCUCAACCAUGAAGUGGUUCUUGCCAAUGGUGGCAUUGUAAAUGCAAACAAAAAGAACAGUCUGUUAAAACACAACAAUUUUUUCAUUCUAAAAGGACAACGAUACACCAUUGCCACUGAGACAACGCCUCUGCCCAAUGCAACCGUCGGCGCAGACGUCAUGCAAGCAUAUUACGAUCAUUGGUCCAGCGUCACAAAGUCAGCUACUGGCGACCUGUACAGCAUCCCUACGGGCCAAGACUACAUUAUCAUUGAGCUGGACUUUUCCUAUCUCUUUGCAGCCAGUGAUGCUAAAAUCGACGCCGCUAAUAGGAACAUGUUUAACGGGUUCGACAACAUUGUCUCACAUUACAUUGAUGAUGGCGUUAUACCAGACGUGUAUCGACCUCUGUUCAUGAACGACGCAAAUUACGCGCAGCAUCUCUAG